AUGAAAAAAUUACCAAGUAGUUAUCUAGAACCUAAAAUUUUUGAUAACAAAUAUAUAAUAAAGAAUCAACUAAGUUCAGGAUCUUUUGGUGUAGUAUAUUUGGCAAUUCAUAAAGUGACAAGAGAAGAAGUUGCAGUAAAAUUAGAAAAAGGAGAACAUGAGACAUUGGAUAGAGAAGUUUAUUUACUGACUAAAUUAUAAGGAAUAUAAGGAAUAACAAAAUUAUAUUGGUUUGGAGCAGAAUAAAAUUAUAAUGUAAUGGUUGUUGAAUUAUUGGGAAAAGACCUAGGAUAUUAUAAUCGAACAUAUAAAUAAUUAUCACUAAAAUCUGGUUUAUAAUUAUUAGAUUAAUUAUUAUCUGUGUUUAAAUCAGUACAUUAAAGAGGAAUAGUUCAUAGAGAUUUAAAACCAGAAAAUAUUAUGAUGGGCAAAUAAAAUACAUCAAUUGUAUAUUUAGUAGAUUUCGGUGUUUCAAAAUCUAUUUUAGAUAAAGGAAGACAUAUGUAAAUAUAUUAUAUGAUGAGAGUCCAUUUAAAGAUAGAAAAUCAUUUAUAGGAACAACAAGAUAUGCUUCAAUUGCUGCUCAUAAAGGAUUUGAAAUUAGCAGAAAAGAUGAUUUAGAAUCUAUGAUGUAUGUCAUAAUCUACCUAAUUUUAGGGUAAUUUAUGAUAAUGAUUUUAAGCAAGUUACCAUGGUAAAAUUUGUAAAAUAUUGGAGAAAAAGAUAGAACUAUAGCAGUUGGAGAAGUCAAAAUGAAUACUACUAUUGAUUCCUUAUGUAAAGAAUUACCUAUACAAUUUGCUGAUUAUCUAAAGUAUUUAAAAAUUAUAUUAUUUUAAGAUAUUUAAAAAAUCUAGCAUUUGAAGAUUAACCUGAUUAUGAUAUGCUUAAAACAUUAAUGAAAUAAUGCAGCAAUACUAAUACAUAUGAUAAUAUAUUUGAAUGGUCUAAUAAAUCAUAACAUAAAGAAUCUAUAUAAGAAGUUAAACUUUAAGCAUCUUUUUUAGCUGUACCUGCAAAUGAUCCUGCUCAAAGAUCAAAUACUAAAAAAUAAUCAAAUAUUUCUAAUCUUGGUAUUUUAUUUAUUUAUUUAUUUUAGGAUCUUCAUCUUCUAAUGCAGUUAAAUAUGUUCCUUCAUUUUAGGAUGCUGUAUAAUUAAAAUAAUCAUCUUAAGCCCCAAUCAAAAUUGCUGCAAGUCAACCUCAUAUGGAUUUUAUUUAAUAACUUGAAACUGUUGAUUUUGAUGAUAUUGAAGAAAAUAUGAAUAAUCAGCCAACACUAGAAUAAAAAUAUUUAAAUUUAUCAGGAUUUGAUGCUAAAUUUAAAGAUGAAAAAAUUCAAUUUUCUCAUUCUGCUAUUAAUGUUUUCGAAUAAUGA